GAUCUAUGAUGGGAGGCAGCCUGUUCUGUGUACCAUGGACAAAAGCAUGAUCAAGACCGUCCUGAUUAAAGAGUGUUACAACAUCUUCACCAACCGCAGAAACUUCCAUCUGAACGGGGAGCUGUUUGACGCGGUGUCCGUUGCCGAGGACGAUACAUGGAGACGGAUCCGCAGUGUCCUCUCACCUUCCUUUACCUCUGGACGACUGAAAGAGAUGUUUGGUAUCAUGAAGCAGCACUCUGCUAACCUGCUGAAUGGAAUGAAGAAGCAGGCAGAUAAAGACCAGACCAUCGAUGUGAAGGAGUUCUUUGGGCCCUACAGUAUGGACGUGGUCACCAGCACAGCUUUCAGUGUGGACAUUGACUCUCUGAACAACCCUUCAGACCCCUUCGUCUCCAACGUCAAGAAAAUGACCAAGUUUGACAUGUUCAACCCUCUGUUGCUCCUAUUCGUGUUGUUUCCCUUCACUGGUCCGAUCUUGGAGAAGAUGAAGUUUUCUUUCUUCCCGUCUGUGGUGACAGACUUCUUUUACGCCUCGCUGGCGAAGAUCAAAUCUGGACGUGACUCUGGGAACUCAACCAGUCGGGUGGAUUUCUUACAACUGAUGAUCGACUCUCAGAAAGGCAAUGACACGAAGACAGGAGGAGAACCGACUAAAGGACUGACUGAUCAUGAGAUCUUGUCUCAGGCCAUGAUCUUCAUCUUCGCCGGCUACGAGACCAGCAGCAGUACUAUGAGUUUCCUGGCCUAUAACCUGGCAACCAACCCCCAUGUCAUGACCAAACUGCAGGAGGAGAUAGAUACUGUGUUCCCCAACAAGGCUCCAAUCCAGUACGAAGCUCUGAUGCAGAUGGACUAUUUGGACUGCGUGUUGAACGAGUCUCUGAGACUGUACCCCAUCGCCCCGCGACUGGAGAGGGUCGCCAAGAAGACGGUGGAGAUUAACGGCAUCGUCAUCCCCAAAGACUGCAUUGUCCUGGUUCCCACGUGGACCCUCCACCGUGACCCAGAGAUCUGGUCUGACCCUGAGGAGUUCAAACCAGAGAGGUUCAGUAAGGAGAACAAGGAGUCUAUUGAUCCGUACACGUACAUGCCGUUUGGGGCGGGGCCCAGGAACUGUAUCGGGAUGCGCUUCGCCCUGAUCAUGAUCAAACUGGCCAUGGUCGAGAUCCUCCAGAGUUUCACUUUCUCCGUCUGCGACGAGACCGAGAUCCCUUUGGAGAUUGACAUCCAGGGUUUCCUGAUGCCAAAACGACCAAUCAAACUGAGGCUGGACCCCCAUAGCAACACCCCUAGCAACACCACCGCUACCACUCUGAAGGGUCCAAAAAUGUGACCGAAUGCAGGAGCCCCCCACCCUUCCCUAGAGCCCCCACCCUACUCUAGAGCCCCCCACCCUACUCUAGAGCCCCCCACCCUACCCUAGAGCACCCCACCCUACUCUAGAGCCCCCACCCUACCCU